GCAGAGGCGGCGUCGGGGCUGGCAGCCGCCCAGGGCGGCGGGGGUGUGCCGCGGGCAGAGAUGGCAUCGGUCGGAGGCCCAGAGCCUCCAGAUCGGCGCCAGCAGCCGCCCAGGGCGGCGGUGGGCCGCGGGCCGCUCCGGGCGGCGAGCCAGGCAGCGAGCGGGGCAGCGAGGCAGGCGGCGGCCGAGAGUUGGGCGGGCCGAGCGCCUCGGACCAGCGGGGGGCGAGGGGCUGGCGGAGGUUGCCCACAGCCUGGAUUCACCUGCUGUGGGUGGAGUGCUUCCACGUGUACACCGCGACAUUUGCGUGGGUAAAUCUGGUGAACAAGGUGAAUGUUGGGUCGGCGAUGCCAGGGGUUCCGGUGAUCGUGGGUCAUCUGACUAAGUAUUCGAGAGCUUGUUUUUCUUCGGCUCGACAGAAGCCGUGA